CAGCAAUUGGUGCACCGGUUGGUGGGAAACCUGUAACAAAAAAUGCAGGAUUUGCACAAAUGGCAUCAUUUGUAAACAAACGCUCUAAUAAAUCUGGAUGGGGAUUAAUCAAAAAAGAUCAUAAAAAAGGAAUUACAACUAUAGAAGCUAAAUUGGAUGAAUUAUGUCCAUAUUUUAGCCGAAUUGACACUAUUUAUGAAGAAAAACAAAAUGUUUGA